AGCAAUCGACUCUGUGCUGCAGGAAGUGAUGCAGGGAAAAUUCCCAUUAAUAUCCACUCAAUAAAGGCAGAGAAAAGGGGAGAGAGAGGGAGAAAACAUAAAGAAACUCUAUUCGCCGUCAGCUUUCUGGAUGUUAUACUUGGACAUCUAAAACGAAAGAGAGAGCCCACAUUGUGAGGGAGUGGUGCCGCUCAAUCAGAGUUCUUCUGCUUCCAGCACUUUUCACACAGGCAGCACAAGCGUUUGGCAACAUGAUAUCGCUGUGACUGGCACUCUGGCGGCCCCCCAGAGUUGCUGACAAGGCUGCGCCGAAUCCUUUUGCACUGAGGCUCUGAAGCUGGGAGUCACACUGCGAGCGUUGGGUGCUGGAGCCAAGAGGACGAGUGGCAAGCACUGCUGCCAUGGCAGAGCGGCCCUCAGAGAGAGCGAGCGAGAGAGAGAGAAGGAGAGCAGCAGAGCGCUUCUGAGCUCCCCAGUGGAGCGCUGUAAUUAACUGGCCUCCUUAGGUGAGGUCUCAGCAAUGGAUCAUGCUGCCGAAGGGCUGCAUCAGAGACUCUGACCUUUCGGCUCUCACAAAGGCCAAAUGAUUACAGCAAAACCAUAUUUGUCACAUCCGUUUCCCAUUCCCAGUUUUCUCUGUGUGUUACGGAUGCCAGGCUCACCACAGUGGAGUGUGGGAAUGACUCCUCCUGUCCUCACAACCAAUGUGUUUUGAGACACUUCUGACCUGAUGGCAUGUUAAAGGGCGUGGCUGGGCGAGGAGGCAGAGCCAGCCGGGCCUGAAGAACGGAGUGGGGGGAGGGGAGGAGGACGACCAGGGCUGAGAGAGAGAGACAUGGGCCAGUGCGUCACCAAGUGCAAGAACCCAUCAUCCUCGCUCGGCAGCAAGAGUGGAGACAAGGAUCCAGGGAGCAAGUCCCAUCACAAGAAGGGGGGAGGCGGCGGCGGAGGAGGUGGAGGCAGCAAGGAGGAGCCAGGCCCGGUGAGCGGGAAGGCCUCCAGUGACCUGCUGGCCAACGGCACCAAGACGAUGGAGGUGACAGCAGAGACGCCGGUGAUCCCGGCACUUGCGGCAGAAGCGCGCAAAGACGAGCUGAUGGCCAACGGCGAGGAGUUUUCCCUGCUCCGCAUCGAGGAGCUCUUCAGCUGCUACAAGGACGAGCAGGACGACGCCAUCCUGGAGGAGGGCAUGGAGCGCUUCUGCAACGACCUGUGCGUGGACCCCGCUGAGUUCCGCGUGCUCCUGCUGGCCUGGAAGUUCCAGGCUGCAACCAUGUGCAAGUUUACAAGAAAGGAGUUUGUAGAGGGCUGUAAGGCCAUCAAAGCAGACAGUUUGGAGGGCAUCUGCGCACGUUUCCCCUGCAUGCUGCUGGAGGCCCAGGUGGAAGAAAAGUUCAAGGACCUGUAUCGCUUCACCUUCCAGUUUGGCCUGGAUUCAGAGGAGGGCCAGCGGUCACUGCACAGGGACAUCGCCAUCGCCUUGUGGCGCCUGGUGUUCACACAGGACACGCCCGCCAUCCUGGAGUGCUGGCUGGACUUCCUGACUGAGAACCCGUCUGGGGUGAAGGGCAUCUCGCGAGACACGUGGAACAUGUUCCUCAAUUUCACUCAGGUGAUCGGGCCUGACCUCAGCAACUACAGCGAGGACGAGGCCUGGCCCAGCCUCUUUGACACCUUCGUGGAGUGGGAAAUGGAGCGCAGGAAAAAAGAGGAGGAGAGGAGAUGUACUGAGCCCCCCAGCACAGAGACACCAGAGACAGAAGAGGGAGAAGGAGGAUCAUAAAACAGGAGCGGCCACUGACUGAGCAGUUGGGGGUAUCAGUGGAGGGACACAAACAGUAGAUUCUGCAUCUGUGAAUCAUUGGAUGAAAAUCAAUAGUUAUUGUUACCAUUAUUA